AUAUAUUGAUAUGCGACAGAUCAUUAGUAAGUCGUUCAUUUUUGUUUUCACUUUUUCUUUCUUUCUUUCUUUUUUUUUUAAAAAAAAAGGGGUUUUAUACACUUUAAUAAUAAUGCCAGAAUAUAUUAUUAAUAAAGAAGCUUAUUUAAAAAUUAUCCUUCAUGCUUGUAAAUAUCCAAGUAGUACUGUAAAUGGUGUUCUUUUAGCACAAGAAGAAGUCGGUAAUGAUGAUUCAAAUAAAAUAAUUAUCGCUGACGCUAUACCAUUAUUUCAUCAUUGGAAUACUCUAACCCCAAUGUUGGAAGUUGGUUUACAACAGAUCGAAAUUUAUGCUGAACGAAAUAAAUUGAAUAUAAUUGGAUAUUAUCAUGCUAAUGAAAGAGUAGAUGAUAAUAAAUUACCACCAUUUGGACAGAAAAUUGCAUCAAAAAUAUUAGAAAAUUUUAAUAUUAAUGCAAUUUCUCUUUUGGUUCAAAAUUCAAAAUUAUCACCAGAAAAUCCAGAAAUCGCAAUUAUGCCUUAUAUUUUUAAGGAAAAUCAAUGGCGUCCUGAUACUAAAGCAUUUUCAUCUAAUUUUGCUUUGGAUAAUAAUGAUUUACCUAAAUUAGUUUCAUCAUCAAUUUGUAAAAAACAUUUUGAAUAUUUAUACGAUUUUGAUGAACAUCUUGAAAAUAUAGAAUUAGAUUGGUUGAAUAAUAUUAAAGUAGUAGAAUUAGCAUUUGAACAAAAUUCAAAAACUAAAUAAAAAAAAAAAAAAACAUUAAGUAGUAACAUAACUUGUAUCAAAUUAAUCAAAUUAUUACUUACCACAUAACUUGAAUAAAUAUAUCGCACGCGAUUUUCUUUCACUUUUCAUUCCAUUGAUGUUGACAUUCGUGAUUACAACAUUUAUAAAAUAUUGACAUAGGUUCAUCU